AAUGAAUUAAAUACAUAAAAAUAAAAUUAAAAAACAAUUUUAAGCAAUGGACAAAACCAAGCGUAAAGCAAAAUAUGUUUUGAUGGUUUGUGUGGAUAACAUAUGUCGCUCACCGAUUGCGGAGGCUGUGCUGCAUGCUGCGAUCGUUAAGGACGGUCUCCAGGCCGAAUGGCAUGUGGAUAGCGCAGCGAUUGAGGCGUGGCAUUUGGGCGCCCCGCCCGAUGAACGAGCGCUACGAGUGCUUCAGAAAAACAAAAUCGAAUAUCACAACCGCGCGCGGCGUCUGAAACGGGAGGAUUUUGAGAAGUUUGAUUUUAUUGUGGGCAUGGAUCAGAGUAUUAUGGCAUCUUUAAGGCUGCUGGAGCCACACUAUGCCAAGGCCAAGCUGCUGAUGUUGGGGGACUUUAUGUUUGGCUUAAAACCGAGUGAACGCAUUAUUGACGAUCCAUAUUACGAAAUGGGCGAACAACCUUUUCACAAGAUUUACGAACAGUGCACUCAUGCAUGUUCCAAUUUUUUAAAUCAAGCGCGUAACGACGAAAUUUAACAUUGAACUCAACUGUGUG